ACACACACUCAUUCACACACUGUGUACCGAGUCAGGUUCAUCGGCAAAUAUUUAUCUUUUUCUUCUUUUUAAUCCUUAGAGGGAAAGCUGGUAGAUUCAUAAUAAAUAAGCUAUUAGGCAAAAGCUGCGUUUGUGUUGACCAUCUUAACACUGAAGGUGGCGAGAGACGGAGCCUGAUUGCUUUUUUUAACUAACUGGACCUUCAUUACGAAAGAACAUCAUGCUGUAUUGAAGAAAACUUGAAACUAGAGACCAUGAACUCAUGUUAACAGUGUUCAUUGAGGUAAAACAUCGACUCGUUUUCUCAUAGACGUCUAUGAAAGAGUUGAGCAUUGGCUUCAUUUUUAAGAACUGAAGGUUUCCACUUGAUCAAAACAAUGAUUCAUCAUUUUCCGUUAAUGCUCUUUUUUUUGUUCUUAUUUGUUGACAUUUCUUCAUAGUUCUCCUUUUUAAUGGACACCUUUGAUUUGGUUUUUGUUUUGCUUCAUUGUGAAAAUCAGGUUAACAAACACAGUGCUUUGCACAAGUAUUCACCCCCUUUUCCCCAUUUUGUACUGUUACAAACUGGAAUUCAAAUACUUUAAAUAGACUCAACGUGCAACAUACCUUUUUAUUGUGACAAACAAUAAUGUGAAUGAAAAGGUUUGUGUUUGAUGCAUAAGUAUUCACCCCCCCGAGUCAAUAUUUGGUAGAACCCACUUUCACUGCAAUUCUGUAGUCAUGUAGAUGUGGAAGCGUUCAUCUAUUCAUCUUGGCAAAAAAGCUGAAGCUCAGUCAGAUUUGAUUUGAGACCAUCUUUGAAAAGCAAUUUUCAAAUCUUUAGAUCGAUUCUCAAUGGGAUGGAGGUUUGGGCUUUGACUGGGCUAUUUUAAAGCUUCAACACGCUUCGAUUAAAGCUCUGACUGUAUGUUGAGGGUCAUUGUCCUGCUGGAAGAUGAACCGCCACAGUCUCAAGUCUUCUGCAGACUGCAUCAUAUUGCCGUGUAUUUGGCUCCAUCCAUCUCGCCCUCAAUUCUGACUAGUUUGCCUGUAGCUGCUGAAGAGAAGCAUUCCCACAGCAUGAUGCUUCCACCACCACGUUUCCCUGUUGGGAUGGUGUGUCAGGCUGAUGGGCAGAGUUGGGUUUCCACCACACACUGUUUUGCGUUAAGCCCAAAAAGUUUAAUUUUCGUCUCAACUGACCAGAGUACUUUCUUCCACAUGUUUGCUGUGUCUCCCAUAUAACCCAUGUGGCAAACUGCAAAUGGGAUUUCUUAUCAUUUACUUUUAACAGCGGCUUACUUCUUGCCACUCUUCCAUAAAGGCAUGGCUUAGAGUUGUCCUGUGGACAGAUUCUCCCACUUCAGCUGUGCAUCUUUGCUGCUCUUAAAGAGUUCCCAUGGGCCUCUUGGUUGCUUCUGAUUCAUUUUCUCCUUGGCCGGCUUGUCAGUUUGGGUGGAUGGCCCAGGUUUGCACUUGUGCCAUGUUCUUUCCAUUGUUUGAUGAUGGAUUCGACGGUGCUCGCAAUAUUGUUUUUUUACAAUAUUGUUUUAUUACCUAACCUUGCUUCAUACUUGACAAAAACACUUUAUUAGCUGGAGAACACAGGGAUACACAGGGCACCGAGUCUCACCAACAAGGAUUAACUGAAGAAGACAAGGAACACACCUGUUAAACCUGUUUAACAGCCAUAAAAAAAGAAAUCGCCAUGUUACCAAAAACACGUAUAAAUAAAUCAGAAUAUAGAGAGCAAUGAAACUGGGAAGUGUUGCACAUGUAAUUGCAGAGAAAAACAAAUAACCAUGAAACUUCCCCAGUUGAUAACUUGCUUAAAGAGUGUGGAUAUGCAAAUGAGGCAGCGUCUAAUAGUAACUUUAACUGAAUUGAAACUAGUGCUUUCUAACACACACCGAGGCACCUACACAGAGAUUACAUUGCAGACCGGUGGACCCUAUUUACUAAUUACGUGACUUGUGAAGGCAAUUGCAUCCGAUCUUUGUUUGGGGUUUUACAGUAAACUUCCAAAUUUUGGUUGAGUGAAAUGAACACUGGUUCAGACUGUAAAAGCACAUAUGAUCCAUGGAAGUGGAAGAUCUUGUCCUCUCAUCUAUCUCAAAUGUUUGGAAAUUAUAUUUUUUCGCACUUAUUACCCAAAAUACAGCCUACUCCUAAUUGUAAGUUUGUUAUAGAUGCGUAUUUACACACCCGGGUGGCUGCUGUGCUUUCUGUGUACUGCUAUCCGUUUAUUUUCUCUUUCAUAUAAUUUACUUUUGAAGAUUAGUCAGAAAUGGACUUAUGCACAUUCAGCUGACUUCUUUCAUCCUGCAACCUUAGUUUAAAUUACAUUGUUUCAGUUUUCACAAUUGAGUUAAAAAAUAUUGCAUUCCGAAGGGCAUUUGAAAUGGAGAGUGGACAUUGUUCAUUUGUUCACAGAGGAUAAAAAUCACAUGUUCUGUCUGUCACUUUAAGGGGCGCAUUUCACACAAAUUACCCAAGUCCCUCGUGUCUUGCUCAGACAGCUCCUGUGUGUGUGUGUGUGUGUGUGUGUGUGUGUGUGUGUGUGUGUGUGUGUGUGUGUGUGAGAUCAGGGGCUAUGGGCUGAGAAUAAAAGCCAGCUUCGUGGAGCCACAAGUGUCCAGUUAUUAGCAUGCUGGUCUGGUCACCGUGGCUCUGCUGCCUUUCUACUUUUAACACGGUCCGACUUCGGGCCUGCUAUUGGCUGGCAUCACUCGGCAUCAACAAAUGUAAAUGUACAUUUGACUGCAGAAAAUCACAGGAACUUCUAAGAAUGACAAAAAUUAGAAUGAAAAGAACGGCAGCAUUCUUUUUUUAUUGAGCUCGGGAUUCAUAAAUCUUUGGAAGCGGACUUGGCAGAUUUCAUUGCAUCUUUUUUAACUUGACCGUAUCCUGGCGACCAGCUGUCAAAAGAAACAACUCUUUCUUGGAAACAAAAGAAGCACUGGAGACAUCAACAUCCCCUCCGUCCUCGGCAUUCCCGACCAGAGCCGAGGUAUCCGUCUUCAGAGAAGGCGGAAGACGCUCCAAGAUGCCCAACCUCAACCCGCCGGACGACCACGACUACAGGAACUCUCUCCAGGAUCCGGUGUCGCUGAACGUUGGUGGGGAAGUCUACACCACGACCCUUGACACCCUGACCCGCUGCCGCGACUCCAUGCUCGGCGCCAUGUUCACCGGACAAAUGCCUGUGCUGAGAGAUCACGGAGGGAACGUCUUCAUUGACCGAGAUGGUAAAGUGUUCCGGUACAUUCUGAACUACCUGCGGUCCAGCUCCCUGGACCUGCCGGACGGAUUUUCCGAGCUGUCACUGCUGCGGAGGGAGGCAGAUUUCUUCCAGAUACGUCCCCUGCUGGAGGAGAUUGGCCGCUACGAGGCGUCCGUACCUCUCAGCCUUCGUGGAGGGCCGUUAGGAGCCAUGAUUGUGGUGAAUGUUUAUUCCGAGGUCCGCGUGCUCCACUUUAACUUACGCCAUGGGCCGGAAAACUAUGAACUCCGCACAUGCUCUGUGCGAGCCUUCUCGGUGGACCUCUUCUGUACCUGGGGGGCCUUCAUGGCCCUCCUCUGUGAGCGCUUUUCCUACAGAACGCCCCAAGGCCUUGCAAGCCCCUGUCCCUGCAACCCAACGAAUAAUAGGCUGAAACUAGAGUGGGUGCCAAGGCCCGACGAACUGCCGCGGGACCAGUACGACAAGCAGGGCUACCGGGGUCUAGCCGUGUCCUAUCCGGAGCCCCCGCAGUCAGACGACAUCAUAGACACGCACCGCAACCCAAGCGAUAUCGCGGACAUGCAGGGCUUUGUGGAGGAGUUGCUGAAGGUGUCUUUGGCUGAAGGCUUCAAGGUUGAUCUGGUGACCCCGGACCCAGCAGAAAUACUUAACUGCACCUCACUCCGGCUUGUCAAGUGCUGAGCGUUGGAGACGCUGCGUAUAAAAUGACCUGGAUCUACUGCAUCUUUGGGAGCGCUAGCGUUUCCUUAACUCCUCGUCCCGGCUGUUCGGGCUGCGCUCUCUCCCAUGAAUGGCAGUUUGUUAUUCUAAAGCAGAGGUCUUCAACGUUUUUCAAGCCAAGGUCCCCCAAACUGAUGGCGAGGUGGAGCAGGGACCCCCUAUUCUACGGAGUUUGGUCCGCCAUCUUUUAUUUUUGAGCUUCACGCUCUUUAGACGUGAGCCUAAACGCGAUCUGAUGCUCUCUCGUAUUCGCAUGAACGGAGCUGUGAGUGAACCGGUGCCCAGCUUGAGAGCUGCUGAGGGAAGCUGAAUGUGUGUGUUGCGCACUGACGGAUAACGUCUUCUCCAUCAAUUUAUCCGUUCGCUUCAAUAUGUUGGAUUCAUGUUAAUGUGUCUUAUCAACCAAAAAUUUCACGACCCCCCUGCAGUACCUUCGCGGACCCCCUGUUGAAGACCUCUGUUCUAAAGGAUAUAAAUCAGGCUUUUGGUGCAUUUUGUAACUUUUAGGACCUACUAAUUUGAAUUGGGGCUGAAUUAUUGUGCCUAAAGAAGUAUACGUUUAAAAAAAUUAUUAUUUGCUGAUCUGGGAAGCACCGUUUGGCCACUACAAAAAGCCUGCCGCGUCUAGGACUUUUCCAAAACAUUGCUGGCUUUAUCUAUCCGUUGAAGUGAUUCUUUUGGGUCAAACAGAGAUGUCUAUUGAUUAUCUGUUGACGGGCCUGUUAUGUAUAGAGCUGUGAUGCAGUGACAGUACAGCAGUGAGUUGGAAAUAAUUCCGCCAAGGGAUGAGACGUUUUUUCCGGAUUCCACAGGCUGCUCCAGGCCAGGACUCCCUUCUGCUUCCCAUGCAGUCCUGUAAAUCCAUCCAGCCCUUUCAUCUUCAUUUAUUAACUUAUGAUUUAGAAGAAUUCUGUUCUCUAUUUUCCAUUCCCCAAGCACUCUAUAGGUGAGUUUGAAGGGAGGGUCAACAUCACUCUUGUAUUACUUGUUUUAUUUACCUCUUAUGUGGGGUUUUCUUGAUGCCUAAGAGGCGUUUUGUGUGUAUUUCACGGCAUGUCACAAACUCUUUCUUUUCGAACACAAUGACUUCCUGGAUUCCUGGGGUUCCGUGAGGUUGCCGGGUAACCAGCAGACAAUUCAGUUCUGGUGAUUAGCCGAAAGCCCAAAAAUGUUUAAGCCAGGCUGGCUGUCUCCAAUCGUUAUGCUAAGCUUAGAGAAAGACUUCCAUACUAUAGCUGCUGUCAAUAGAGAGAUAUGAGGGCUGUCUGACAAACACAGGACUUUCACCCAAGAGACCAGUGUUUGUGUCCCCUGUAAAACCAAAAGUCCAUGUUGUGUUGUGUAAAACAACUUUUAUUAACUACAUUUUUUAACUCAAAACAAAAUCUUCGGUUUCCCCAAGCUAAAGAAGUAUUUUUGUUGCCUGAAUCUAAAGAACUAGCGUCGUUAGCUGAACCUAAAUAACUAUCCUCGUUACCUGAACCUAAAUAACUAGCCUCGUUACCUGAACCUAAAGAAGUAGCCUCGUUAACUGAACCUAAAGAAGUAGACUCGUUAGGUGAACUUAAAGAAGUAGCCUCGUUAGCUGAACCUGAAUAAGUAGCCUCGUUAGCUGAACCUGAAUAAGUAGCCUUGUUAGCUGAACCUAAAUAACUAGCCUCGUUAGCUGAACCUAAAGACGUAGCGUCGUUAGCUGAACCUAAAGAAGUAGCCCCGUUAGCUGAACCUAAAUAGCUAGCCUCGUUACCUGAACCUAAAGAAGUAGCGUCGUUAGCUGAACCUAAAUUACUAGCCUCGUUACCUAAACCUAAAUAAGUAGCCUCGUUACCUGAAUCUAAAUACGUGGCCUUGUUACCUGAACCUAAAUAACUAUCCUCGUUACCUGAACCUAAAUAACUAGCCUUGUUAGCUGAACCUAAAUAACUAGCCUCGUUAGCUGAACCUAAAUAACUAGCCUCGUUAGCUGAACCUAAAUAACUAUCCUCGUUAGCUGAACUUAAAGAAGUAGACUCGUUAGGUGAACUUAAAGAAGUAGCCUCGUUAGCUGAACCUGAAUAAAGUAGCCUCGUUAGCUGAACCUAAAUAACUAGCCCUCGUUAGCUGAACCUAAAUAACUAGCCUCGUUAGCUGAACCUAAAUAACUAGCCUCGUUAACUGAACUUAAAUAACUAGCCUCGUUAGCUGAACCUAAACAACUAGCCUCGUUAGCUGAACCUAAAUAGCUAGCCUCGUUAGCUGAACCUAAAUAACUAGCGUCGUUAGCUGAACCUAAAUAACUAGCGUCGUUAGCUGAACCUAAAUAACUAGCCUCAUUACCUGAACCUAAAUAACUAGCCUCGUUACCUGAAACUAAAUGAGUAGCCUCGUUACCUGAAACUAAAUAAGUGGCCUUGUUACCUGAACCUAAAUAAGUGGCCUUGUUACCUGAACCUAAAUAACUAUCCUCGUUACCUGAACCUAAAUAACUAGCCUCGUUAACUGAACUUAAAUAACUAUCCUCGUUACCUGAACCUAAAGAAGUAGACUCGUUAGGUGAACUUAAAGAAGUAGCCUCGUUAGCUGAACCUGAAUAAGUAGCCUCGUUAGCUCAACCUAAAUAACUAGCCUCGUUACCUGAACCUAAAGAAGUAGCCUCGUUAGUUGAACCUAAAUAGCUAGCCUCGUUACCUGAACCUAAAUAGCUAGCCUUGUUAGCUGAACCUAAAUAGCUAGCCUCGUUACCUGAACCUAAAUAAGUGGCCUCGUUACCUGAAACUAAAUACGUGGCCUUGUUACCUGAACCUAAAUAACUAUCCUCGUUACCUGAACCUAAAUAAGUGGCCUUGUUACUUGAACCUAAAUAACUAGCCUCGUUAGCUGAACCUAAAUAACUAGCCUCGUUAGCUGAACCUAAAUAACUAGCCUUGUUAGCUGAACCUAAAUAACUAGCCUCGUUACCUAAACCUAAAUAACUAGCCUCGUUACCUGAACCUAAAGAAGUAGCCUCGUUACCUGAACCUAAAGAGGUAGCCUCGUUAGCUCAACCUAAAUAACUAGCCUCGUUACCUGAACCUAAAGAAGUAGCCUCGUUAGUUGAACCUAAAGAGGUAGCCUCGUUACCUGAACCUAAAGAGGUAGCCUCGUUAGCUGAACCUAAAUAGCUAGCCUCGUUAGCUGAACCUAAAUAGCUAGCCUCGUUAGCUGAACCUAAAUAGCUAUCCUCGUUAGCUGAACCUAAAUAACUAGCGUUGUUAGCUGAACCUAAAUAACUAGCGUUGUUAGCUGAGCCUAAAUGAGUAGCCUCGUUACCUGAAACUAAAUGAGUAGCCUCGUUACCUGAAACUAAAUGAGUAGCCUCGUUACCUGAAACUAAAUAAGUGGCCUUGUUACCUGAACCUAAAUAAGUGGCCUUGUUACCUGAACCUAAAUAACUAGCCUCGUUACCUGAACCUAAAUAACUAGCCUCGUUACCUAAACCUAAAGAGGAAGCCUCGUUACCUGAAACUAAAUAGCUAGCCUCGUUAGCUGAACCUAAAUAGCUAGCCUCGUUAGCUGAACCUAAAUAACUAGCGUUGUUAGCUGAACCUAAAUAACUAGCGUUGUUAGCUGAACCUAAAUAACUAUCCUUGUUACCUGAGCCUAAAUGAGUAGCCUCGUUACCUGAAACUAAAUAAGUGGCCUUGUUACCUGAAUGCAGUGGUUCCCAAACCUUGAUGUUUUACGUAAAUUGUAGGCUUCCCGACCACCCCCACAUCACAUAUUGUAGCUUUGUUUUGAACGAAUUGCAUUACGGUAUAUAAACUAAAUAAUAUAUUAGUUUUUCUUUCGAAAAUAACUAUAAAUUACUUUACUUUUCCUCGUCAGUAUUAAAAUUUUGACUAAGAAUAAAAUAGCAAUAAUAUUAAACCACUGGGGUCUCUCUUGGUCAACAGACAUGUAUGCCCCAUUCUAUAUUCCUACAUUUACCUUGUUUUGUGCCGUUGGUCGCGUUUCUUGUUCAUCCUAUUAGCACAUUGCGACCUUAUUUAUUUUUUAUCAGUGUCUCUCUCUCACUCGUCUGAGCCGCUGUGAGUGUGUGGAUGAAACGCAGCGUAUUCCCUUUCUUUACAACUUGUUUGCAAUUGUAUUUGUUAUUAUUUUAUUUUAAAAUGUUUUACUGAUCUGUGUGUGUCUCUGUGCCUGGGUACGGGUUUCCGUAAUGAAGUUGCGCUCCCUCUGUAAAUCAGUUACAUUUUGUGUUUUGUGUAAUUAGGAUUUUACUGAGAUAAUUUCACUUUUUUACAUUGUUGACCUGAAUGGGAAGGUGACAUUUCGUUAGACUUAAUUGAUAAUGAAUAGUUCUUUCCAACGGAAAUAAAUACAUUUACACCAAUGCUCCUCAUUACAA